CAAAACAAAAGCGAGCCCAAAAAGGCCUUAGGCCCAAUGCAAGCUCACUUGUGUACCCACACAAAUUUACAUAUUUGCCACCCUCAACAAGUCUCGAAAAGGGCUCGAACUCGCGCGCCGCGUUAUAAUGUUCGCCGCAGCAGCAGCUCGGAGCUCGUGGUGGCCGCGGCGCGCGCUCGUGAUCCGGACCCCGACCCGCGCCGCCAUCGCCGUCGCUAUGGCCUCUUCCUUCUCCGGCAUCGACGACUCCGCCGCCUCCGCGAAGAGGACUAGGGUUCCGGAGAGCUCGGACGGGGCCCGAAGCGCUGGAGCCGAGGAGGGGACGAAGAAGAAGGUGGCGGUGGGCACCCACAACGGGAGCUUCCACUGCGACGAGGCCCUCGGAUGCUUCCUCAUCCGCCGCACCUCCGCGUUCUCCGCCGCCGACGUCGUCCGCACCCGAGACCCCCAGGUUCUGGAUACGUUGGAUGCUGUGCUUGAUGUUGGGGGCAUGUAUGAUCCCAGCAAAUGCCGUUAUGAUCAUCAUCAAAAAGGCUUCAGCGAGGUCUUUGGGCAUGGAUUCAACACCAAACUUAGUAGUGCGGGGCUUGUGUAUAAGCAUUAUGGUAAGGAGAUAAUUGCAAAGGAGCUUCAGCUUGAUGAAGACCAUCAAGAUGUGCAGCGCUUGUACCUUGCCGUAUAUAAGAACUUUAUCGAGGCAAUUGACGCCAUUGAUAAUGGUAUCAAUCAAUAUGACACAGAUCAGCCUCCGAAAUACGUGAAUAACACACACUUAUCUUCAAGAGUUGGGCGGUUUAAUCUCGACUGGAUGGAUCCAGAUCAGUCCUCUGAGAAGGAGAAUGCGGCUUUCCAGCAAGCAAUGGUUCUUGCUGGCACUGAAUUCUUGGAGAGUGUUCGUUUUCAUGCUAAUUCGUGGUUACCUGCACGAUCAAUUGUUAUGGAGUGUCUAUCAUCAAGAGGAGAUAUUGAUCCAAGUGGAGAAAUCGUAGUUCUGAAUAAAUACUGCCCUUGGAAGCUCCAUAUAUUUGAGCUUGAAGAGGAACUGAAGAUUGAUCCUCCAAUCAAGUAUGUCGUAUACCAGGAUGAGAGAAGCAAAAAUUGGCGUGUGCAGGCAGUCGCAGUUUCUCCUGAUAAAUUCGAGAGCCGGAAACCGCUCCCAUUACCUUGGAGGGGCUUGAGAGACCAUGAUCUGUCCGAGGAAUCCAGAAUUCCGGGUUGUGUGUUUGUUCAUAUGAGCGGAUUCAUCGGCGCAAACAAAACCUACGACGGAGCCUUGGCUAUGGCGAGAGCUGCUCUCAAAUUUUGAUCCGAGCUAAAAUAUGGCCACCGUACAUUUUUUCAGAGAAAUAGUGGAAUGUUCUUCACCGAAUUACCAAAGUCUUUGAUUUUGAUCAUAAUUUUGUUGAGGUAUUUACAUGUGAAAAUCAAUGAUUUUGCAGGAACACAUAUAUGUAAAAGCCCCUAAUUUAGCAAAGCAUUCGAGAAAAACGAUUCUGCGGCAGCUAGAAAAGCUUGUAAAAGGAAAACUCCAACACUGCUUCAUUUGCUAUUUGAAGUUGCUGCUCUUUUACUCCGCAAACUGCGAAAUGGCUUUAAGUUUAUCUUUAAUUUAGUGUUAUUUUUUUGUCAUAA